GUCACGAAAUCAGGUUUGCAUUUUCCGUACACUACAAAACACAAAGACGGAACUGUCUAGCAACGCAGUUGGAAGUUUUCUAGCUUGUUGUGUUUAAGCAAGCUUUUUCAGUGUACUUCUGGCAAGCACGCCUGCUGCUGCGACUUAUUUCGCUAUAUCAAAGGGACUGUUACUUGAAUUAUGGGAAGUGAGCCAGGCCCAGUUCAAAUUGUGUCUGUGAGCAAGGAGGAUCACUCCUUUACUUUGGACACAAAGGCCCUUGAGCGUAUACUGCUGGCACCUGAGGUCCGAGACAAGGAUGUGGUGGUGCUCUCAGUAGCUGGAGCAUUCCGGAAAGGAAAGAGCUUUAUUCUGGACUUCAUGCUCCGUUACUUGCACAGGAAGGAUCAAGGUGUGGACUGGCUGGGUAAGGACGAUGAGCCCUUAACAGGCUUUUCUUGGAGGGGGGGCUCCGAGCCGGAGACAACAGGGAUCCUGUUAUGGAGUGAGGUCUUCCUGGUGGAGAAGAAUGAUGGGACACAGGUGGCAGUAGUACUGAUGGACACCCAGGGAGCUUUUGACAGCCAGUCCACAGUGAAGGACUGUGCCACCAUCUUUGCCCUCAGUACCAUGACCAGCUCAAUACAGAUCUACAAUCUCUCACAGAAUAUCCAGGAAGAUGACCUGCAGCAGCUUCAGCUGUUUACAGAAUAUGGUCGUCUUGCUAUGGAUGAAAUUUUCUUGAAGCCCUUUCAGUCUCUCAUGUUCCUAAUCAGGGAUUGGAGCUUUCCUUAUGAAUACUCCUAUGGGCUGGUGGGGGGCAGUCAGUUUCUCGACAAACGGUUGCAGGUGAAGGAGACCCAGCAUAAGGAGCUGCAGACAGUGAGGGAGCACAUCCACUCCUGCUUCACCUCCAUUUCCUGUUUCCUCCUUCCGCACCCCGGGCUAAAGGUGGCCACCAGCCCUUCUUUCAAAGGACAGCUUAGUGAUGUGGCUCCAGAGUUCAAAGAUGAGCUGCGUAACCUGAUCCCCACCCUACUGCAACCAGACAAACUGGCUGUGAAGGAGAUCAAUGGAAACAAAGUCACCUGCCGGGGCCUUCUGGAGUUUUUCAAGGCAUACAUCAAGAUUUACCAGGGUGAAGACCUGCCUCAGCCAAAGUCAAUGCUGGAGGCAACAGCAGAGGCCAAUAACCUGGCCGCUGUGGCAACAGCCAAAGACCAAUACUACAAGAACAUGGAGAAGGUUUGUGGAGGCGAUCUUCCCUACGUGUCUCCAGACACACUGGAGGACAAGCACAGAUUCAACCUCCAGGAGUCCCUCCAUAUCUUCUCCUCCACCAAGAAGAUGGGAGGGAAGGCAUACUGUGAUCAAUACCAGGGUCAGCUGCAGGCUGAGAUAUUGGAUCUCUGGAAGGCUUUCAGCAAGCACAACCAGUCAAAGAAUAUCUUCAGUGCGUUCCGGACCCCUGCCGUGCUGUUUGUCCUAGUGUGCAUCCUGUACGUGCUGUCAGGGCUGUUGCUGUUCAUUGGCCUGGGUACUGUAGCUUUUGCAUGCGACUGUGUGUUGGGCGUGGCCAUGAUUGCCAUGCUGGCCUGGGCCUUCAUCCGCUACUCUGGCCAAUACCACGGUGUAGGAGGAACCAUUGACCAGGCUGCUGAGGUCCUACUGGACAAGGCUACUGUGGUGCUGAACAAGACAAGAGGGACGAGAGCUCUAGCACAAACGAAGAAAUCCAGCUAAACAUUCUGCACUAAAGCCUUACCAUCCCACCCCAUGGCAGAAGAAUACAGCACUUAGUGUAACAGCACCACUUUACAAUAGUCUGUUUUGAUGCAGAUUUACCAGCAUCUUUCCAUGAUAUGCACAAUUUGACAUCAUAUCGGGAGUGAGGGACGUCACUUUGUAGCUUCAGAUUAAAAACAUAAUUUUUCAAAGAUUAUUCAGGUAUCUGGGGCAAGGUACAUUGUCCCAGGAGGAUAUUUGUUCCUUUGCUAUUGACACUAACACUGCCAUUCGUGCACACUCCUCUCAUAAGUCUUCCAAGACAACCCAAGGAUGUUUACUUUGAAACACCAGACACAAGCAAAGUAUUGUUUUUAUAGGUUAUGCUAAUUUGAGUCAUAUACUAUAUAUUUUGUUGAUGACCAGUUCAGAGGCUUGCCAGAGUAUAUCAUGGUAGGCUUCAGCAGUGUAUCUUGCUGGCUUAAUGCGAUAGACCAUUCAAUGCAACAUUUCUUGACUUUGGCUAUCCCAUUCUGUGGCCUUAUGCACAUUCCAUCGUAUUUGAGACUUUGCUAUAUCCCCUUAUUUGUCUACCUUAACUGGAUUGUGUUCAUUAUUAUACAACUUGCACUUUAAAGUGAACUGAUAAAAGAUCGUACAGUCCAGGCAACACAAUUGUAUCUCUCUUCCUAAUCAUUUAGUUUUACAAUCUCCCUUAAGAGACACAUUCCAUAAUUACACUUUUUAAAAGGUUUAAUUAUUUUGCUGCUUGAAACACAACAAAGAUGGUUUACUGUCUCUGAAUUUGAACAUAUUACUCAACUCAUUAGGACACCCAUCUGAGUCAAGUUAAGAAUAGAAAUAUCUUAAGGUAAAAGGUUAUGCAAUAAAGACAAACUACUAAUUGGGCAUCCCUUGUACAGUAAGAUGCUUGGUGUCCUAUCAGCCAAAGAGUUCAUCUUUAGUAAAAGUUACAGACAGUUCUUUGAGCACAUUUAAUUCAAAUGUAAUUCUCUUGACAUCCCUCUUUGACAUUCCAUAUAUUUGCAUCAUAUUGUUAAGGAACCUUUAAAUAUCAUGUGCAUAAAAAAAAGUCUGCAGCAAUUACUAUGGCGCGUCUUUCUCUGUGCUGUUACUUUUAAAACUUUUAGGCCAGAAAUGAAAUAUUAGUUGCAUGAUGUUAAUGUGGUUACUGGUAUGUUUACCAUCAUAUGCACUAUUGUGUCUCGUGGUCUAAAGAAAUGCUAUUUUUUAAACAAAUAAAUUGAGCUUGACGUAAAUAGCCUAA